UAGUAUACCUUAAACAGAGCGGGACAAGGAGGUGACGCUUUAUGAUUGAAUAAAUUACUAGCAGCUUAAAAGCAUCACAGUAGGGCAUCAUGUCUGGGGACAUAGUUGACGAAUACAAGGAAGGUAAAACUGUUUUAUGUCCUGAUGGAAACGGGGUGUGUGUAACCCUUAAGGACACGGACGAUAUCACCGGCUGCCUGCCUUUGAGCAGACUAGGGGAGAUAGUACGGAACUUUUCCAAAUUCCCCCUGCGAAAAGACGACAUAUUUCUAACGGCCAGUAUGAAGUCAGGUACCCAUCUUGUGUGGGAAAUAGCAACCAUGUUAACCAUGGAUGUAACAGAACUUACAGACCUGCCGAAACAGGCAUCAAUGAUAGAGGCAAUAACUGACGAGGCACUUGAAAGUUUGCCGUCUCCACGUGUUCUGAACUCCCAUUUUCCUGAAUGGAUGUACCCCAAACAAGCUCUUCGGGAAAAUAAAUUCCUCCAUGUUAUUCGGAACCCCAAGGAUACAUUCGUGUCUUUAUACUACAUGUUUUACGGUCUAAAAAUAUUUGACUACCAUGGCACUUGGGAUGGCUUCUUUGAAUUUAUGAUGGCACGCCAAAACAAAGGCCUGGAUCCAUUAGAAUACAAUGAUUGGCCAGUCAAUGUCCUGUCCUGGUAUAACCUUUCCAAGACCAAUCCUAACAUUCUGAACGUUUACUUCGAAGACCUGAUUGAGGAUCCUGUUCCACAGAUAAAGCGUAUUGCAGAGCAUAUAGGUUUUACAAAAGACCAAGCAACGUACGAAAAAAUCGCUCAGGCCACGAAUUUCAAGUCUAUGAGUCAAAACAAAAAGGUUAGGGGACUUAACCUUCAAUUCAACACUCCUACAUCUAAACAUUGGAAGGAAGAUUCCGUUGGAAUGUACCGAAAAGGCAAGGUCGGAGAUUGGAAGAACCAUUUUACAGUGGCACAAAAUGAGCGAUUUGACGCCCUCUAUCGGCAGUGGACACAAGGCACAGAUCUCAACGUCCGUUUUGAAAUAUAAGACUCAUAUAUUGUACACCUUAGUGCGAAAAUAUUUCAAUCAUCGGUAUAAAAGUCUGUACUAGUGCGAUAAUUGUGUAUUCAUAAUAAAUAUGUACCAUUGUGACACGACGAUGAAACGACGGAUAUGCAUAUUCCUCCCAAAAAUACUUUUUGUCCGUGGGUCAUGCAGUGUUCCUGGUAGGACUUUCCACAAUGGCAGCUUUCUGUAAUAUAUUCUGAUAGGAAACAUUACUAGAAAGUUACGCAGUCAGAAUGACAAACGGCAGAAAAAUAUUAUACGUAUGACUGAUAUACGUCAUUGUUACAUGUGCAUAAGCCACUGAUGAACUACCUCAAUCAUCUUGGUCAGUCAACAUGAGGAAUUAUCUCUAAAGAUCUGCUGGGUGGGAUUUAUUAGGAAUAAUCAAUUAUGCUAACCUCAAACAAUCAAAAGGUGAACAGGCAUAUUUUAAAAUUGUUAAAGUAGGGUGGAUAACAUAUCUUUGUUCUACAUGUAUGAGGGCUGGGAAGAUAUCGAUAUCAUAAACUGAAGUCAGCAAAUAAGUAGAUGUAGAUGAAGAGAGACAGCUUGGGGGAUACACUGUAUCCACAUGGUGAUUGUCUGCAACCAAUGGCAAGAGUACGCCAAAACCCGUUUCCAAGCGGUCGCAAACCAGAAGUAAACGGGCUUUUAUUAGACUGCUUAAGUCUUUCUGACAUUUCAAGAGAUAUUAACAUCAACUAUUUUUUUUGAGUUUUUAUCAUUUUAUCAUUUUAUAGGUCUGAAUUGGGAAAGAAAAAAAGCUUUGCAGGAUGUUUGGACAAAAAUGAGAUAAGGAUAUUUUAAACGCUAAUAUUAUACCUUUA